GUUGCGUAGUGAGGAGGUGAACCGACAAUUCCUGCUGCUGCUGCGUGCUGCGCGGAUACUUUUUUUUUUUGACACGCUCACAUCAUUAGUAAGAGUCAUCCGCAAUGGCAGCAGUUGAAGAGGUUCGAGAGACCGCAGCCGUGAACGUGGGCGCCCUUCUUGACGCGGGGGAACGCGCAUUCGUGACGCUGGUGGCGGGCGAGACGCGGCUGGCGGCGCACCGGGCGGUCCUGGCCGCCAGGAGCCCCGUCUUCCAGGCAAUGUUCCAACACGACACGCUGGAGGCCAGCAGCGGCCACGUCGUCGUCACAGACGUGGAGGCCCCGGUGAUGAGGGAGCUGCUGGGCUACAUGUACAGCCUCCAGGCCCCACAGCUGCCCGACAUGGCACCUAAGCUGCUAACUGCCGCCGACAAGUAUGGCGUGUCCGGGUUGAAGGCUGCCUGCGAGCAGCAAGUGACCGCUCAGCUCACCGUGGAGAAUGCAGCGGCCACGGCGGUGCUUGCGGUGAGGCAUUCCUGCGCAAGCCUGACGGCGGCCACAGUCGCCUUCGUAAGGGCCCACAACUUCCAGGUAAUGGCCACGCAGGGAUGGGCAGAUGCGAUGCGCAGACAGCCUGAAGACUUAAUCGUAGUGAGUCGGCUGCUUGCUAACCCACCUGCAGACACCAGCGCGCCAGCCACCCACGCCGCUGCCGCAGCUGCGCCGCCCACGGCUGCCUCCGCCACUCCUCCGCUGUUCGACGCUGCCGUCUCGUACUACCGGAGCCUUCCGGAAGAGGAGAGAGCCAGAAGGUUGAGACAGGCUGCUACGGAUGGGGCAGUGGAGGAACUGCGGGCACUCCUCGCGGCAGGUGUGGAUGUUGGGGCUGGCGACGAGAAGCUACUGACUGCCCUGCACUGUGCAGCGAGGGAGGGGCAUGUGCAGGCGGUGAGCUGUCUGCUGGAUGGUGGCGCCCAGGCAGACACCAGGAGCAACGCGCAGAGCACGCCUCUACACCUGGCUGCGUGGAAAGGCCACGCGGCUGUGGUGCGGCUCCUGCUGGCCUCCUCCGCUGACCCCAACGCGAGGAACAGAUUUGGGAAGACGCCGCUGCACAGGGCGGCACUCCACGGUCAUGCAGAGGCGGCAGCCGCGCUGUUGGACGCAGGAGCUGACAGGAAUGCCAGGGACAGCGAUGGGGAAAGCCCCCUGGACCGUGCCAGGCAGAACGAUCACCACGAGCUAAUAGAGAUGCUGACGUAACAUUUACAGUCCAAUGACUAUACUUUGGGAAAAGGAAUAAUAUUCACUGCAUAGCUUCCCGUUAUUUAUAAUCAAAAAAUACAAAAAAUUAAUUACAUCACUCAUUUGUAAUCAUCAUUGUGUAGUAGAUAUAACUCUUCUAGUAACAUUUCAACAAGCGUGACAACGACAGUACUUUGCAUGCUAUCUUUCUUUUGAGUAAAUAGAAACAUUUCUCAAGAAAUCUCUACAAAACUGAACAACAUUUGGAAAAUAUUUGCUUUGAUACUUUAAACAACAGAUUAGUCUGAAACUUGAGAUAGCCAGGGAUUCUUCCAGCACAUAAAAUGUUCAAAAAAAUUACAGGAUUGUAGUCAGAUGAAGUCUUCGACAACCGCCAAUACUUCGAUUGUGAACACUUAACCAUUUUAAAGUCACAAAUGACGAAAUAUCAGCGAUUGUCGAAGAUGUGGCACUGUUGCACGCUCAUAAGUUGAUUGAACUCAUCCUCUGCGUUAUUUGAUUACUGAAAAGUCAUGUGCCAUCUUAAAAUAGUGUGAAUUACGCUAUACCCAGAUCACUACCAUAUAACCUGUAUGGUUAUAAUACAACUUCAGUCCCAAUCUCACGCUCAAUCUCCUUGUCUGACUGCAGUACGGAUUGUGUAAUAGUUUGUUUGUUUAACUACCUUAUAACAUUAGUCCAUUACGUGGUGGGAAGAUGAUUACCUUUCAUCUGCAACCACAUUUGAUGCGCACGGUUGAAAAAUCCUCCUUAUCCAGUUUUGCAAUUUUUUUCAGGAAACGAAAAAUAGUUUCUUGCUCGCCUUCAGUAAAGCAAAUGUGUUUAUUGAUGUUUAUUAUAUCGAGGUACUUACAUAUAUUGAUAUAUCUGAUUGUUGCUUAUAAUUCGUCACAUGUAAGGAAGUUGUUUACAAAUUAAGAUUGGAUAAGUCGUGUUUUGGAACUCAACAUUGGAUAAGGAGUUUGGAACUGUCAUCAUGGAUAAGGGCGGGUUUUGCAAAUGUAGCUAAAACUUAAAAUUUGGUAAUUUUCGUCAUUAAUUAAAAUUAUUAUCGA